AUGGACAUCGGUGGCUUGGAGACUGUAGUGGCAAACUCUGCCUAUGUGUCAGCCCGUGGCAGCAUUGAUGGAGCUUCAGCAGCUGCGCUGCGUGACAAAAAGAUGCGUGCCAGACUGAAACUCCCACAUAUCAGAAAUUGUGAACACAUGAAAGCAACACUAGACACCACCUUUGACAGCAUGUGUGUCAAGCAACCCAUCGGCAAGCGUCUCUUCCAGCAAUAUCUGGAGAGUGAUGCAACCCAUAAAAAUGCCGGAGAGCUGUGGAAAGACAUUGAAGAAUAUGUCGUGUGCCAGGAGAAGGACAGACUGCAGAAGGCUCAAAUGAUGGUCAAUAAAUACUAUCAAUCAGCUUCAAAGAAUUUUUGCACUUUCCUAGAGGAAAAGGCCAUCAUUCGAGUUAAAGAAGACCUCAAGAAUGUCCGUGGUGACUUAUUUAAGGAGAGUGAACAAGAGCUGCUCAAGCACUUGGAAAAAGUGGCCAUAGAUGGCUUUAAGAACAGCAUGUACUUCCUGCGUUUUGUUCAAUGCAAAUGGAUGGAGAGCCAGCCGUUUGAUGAAGAGUGGUUCAUGGACUUCCGGGUACUGGGUAAAGGAGGUUUUGGCGAAGUGUUUGCUUGUCAGGCAAAGGCAACAGGCAAAAUGUAUGCGAACAAGAAGCUAGACAAAAAGAGGCUGAAGAAACGCAAAGGCUAUGAGGGAGCAAUUGUGGAGAAGCGCAUCCUUGCAAAAGUUCACAGUCGGUUCAUUGUGACGCUGGCUUAUGCCUUCCAGACCAAGACAGACCUUUGCCUGGUUAUGACCAUCAUGAAUGGUGGUGAUUUAAGGUUUCACAUGUACAACGUCGAUGAAAAAAAUCCUGGUUUUGAUGAGAAGAGAACAUGUUUCUAUACAGCUCAGAUCAUCUGUGGACUGGAACACCUUCAUCAGCACAGAAUCGUAUACAGAGAUCUGAAGCCAGAAAAUGUACUUCUUGAUGAUGCAGGACAUGUCCGCCUGUCAGAUUUGGGUCUGGCUGUUGAACUUCCACCAGGAAAAGAUACAACUUCUGGAUAUGCUGGGACUCCAGGUUUCAUGGCACCAGAGCUGCUUCAGAAGAAGCAGUAUGAUUACUCUGUGGACUACUUUACUCUGGGAGUCACGGUGUAUGAGAUGAUUGCUGCCAAAGGACCUUUUAGAGUGCGAGGAGAAAAGGUCGAGAAUGACGAGGUAGCUCACAGAAUUCUAAACGAUCCAGUUUCUUACACACCAAAAUUCAGCAAAGAAUGCAAAGACAUCUGCGAGGGCCUGAUGGAGAAGGAUCCCACUAAACGACUGGGCUUCAAAAAUAACGAGUGCGCAGAGCUCAAGAAUCAACCAUUUUUCAAAGACAUUAACUGGGGACGUCUAGAAGCAGGAAUGCUACCUCCACCAUUUGUCCCCGAUCCUAAAAUGGUCUAUGCCAAAGAUAUUGAUGAUGUGGGGGCCUUCAGCACAAUCAAAGGUGUGGUCCUGGAUGACAAGGACACUGAGUUCUACAAUGACUUUGCGUCUGGCAACGUCCCAAUACCCUGGCAGGAGGAAAUGGUUGAGACUGGUGUGUUUGGAGAGCUGAAUAUCUGGGGAGAGAAGGGGCAGUUGCCCAAUGACCUUGACCCUAAUUAUGUGGAAGCCAAAGGGGGGGGAUGUGUACUGCUUUGA